AUGAAUAACUUGAACAAUCCACCUCAGUGGAAUAUCCAACCUAAUGAAGAUGGAAAUGGGAGUAAAUGGAAUUAUGCUUUGCUGGUUCCCCUAAUGGGACUUGCUGCUUUCCGAUGGAUCUGGUCAAAGGAAUCUGAAAAACAAAUUAGAACAGCUAAACUAGAUUAUCAACAGAAAGUGAAUGAUAUCCAAAAAGAUCUGGAAAAGAAAUAUCAAGACAUUGUUGUUGAAAACCGACAUACAGUGGCUCAUUUGCAAAUAGAGCUUGAAAAAGAAAAGAACCGGACACUAAGUUAUCGUAAAGCUCUCAUAACUCAAAGUCAAAAAUUAGUCGAAGAAAGGAAGCUCCUGGAACAUGAGCAAGACAAAUUAAAGCAAGAAAUCAAAGCAGCUCAAAAGAGUGGAGCAGUUGGAGCUUUGUACACAAGCUACCUUGAUAAGGAAAAAGAAUGGCAGACAAAUGCAAAAUGUUUACUUAGUGAAUUUGAAGAAGCCCUCAAAGAGAGACAGGGCAUUUACUGUAGCUUAGUAGCAUCUAGGAAAAAAAGAUUAGAAAUAGAAAAAAACUUGCUUGUUAAAGCUGCAACCAAUCCAGCAGCAGUGGAAUUAGAAAUGUCAGAAGGCUUGGUAGACAUUUUUAAACAUGACACUCAUUGUGCAGCAUUGUUGAACAUUAAUAAGCAUGAAAAUGGUAGACUAAUGUGGCUAUAUUUGAAAUAUUGGGAACUGCUAGUAGACUUUAAAAAAUUCAAGAGAGCUGAAGACGCUUUAAUAGGGAAGUAG